UUGUAAGUGUAUUCCAUGGUGAAAUAUCAUCCUUUCAGUUUUAUUUAAUUGUUUUUCUUUCUUUCAAUAUUUCAUAGAAUAGAGAUCAACAAUUUCAUCAGCAAAGUUGUGAAAGCUUCGGAAUAUUUUCUGAGCAGUAACAAUGGAGAUGAACAAAACCGUUGAUGACCCACAGGGGUCCACAGAAGCCCUCAGCGAAUCCUUGCCCCGGGAGACCCUGCCCACAGGGACCCAGGUCGAGACCAAAGAGGCACAACAUGUGUCAACAGAGGCACAUUCCAUGUCCAUGGAGGCUCAGCACGUGCCCACAGAGGCACACCACGCACCCACAGAAGAGGGACGGCUCGUGUCCACAGAGGCCCAGCACAUGCACACAGGGGCACCUCACCUGUUCCAAGAGCUCAAAACCGAGUCCCUAGGGACACAGGACAUGUCCCCGAAAAUUGAGGCACUCGGAUUAAUGCAAACAGAAGAAGCCUGUGAACAUUUAGAGAACGAUGCCAAACCCAAGACCGGUGAUUUGGAGAUACAGGGUCCCUCGUUUACAUCGACCAUACGUAGAGAAUCAUUGAUGAACAAGUGUUCGAUGAUAUCGAUGAUGUUGGACCAUGACUGCGGUAACAGUGAUGGCGACGAUGAAGAAAAUAACAAAGAGCUGGACCAGGCGGCCCUGUCCAGACUUUGUGCAGUGUCGGGGGAGAUAAUUCUUAGAGAAGAGGCACGUGCAUUGUCAGAGCUGACCAUCAAAACAGUUCUGGCUGAGGAGCGAAUAACAUUAGAGGCCAGAAGGAUCUCCAAGAUGGCCAUACAGUCUGCCUACUCAGCGGCCGUGGUUACUCCACUAAGGUUCUCAAAGAAGCCAAACAUCUUCAGGCGACUCCUAGCUUGCUGUUUUGGGUGCUGCAGGAGGAGAAAUUAA